AAAACAGCUGGGAAGUGUUUGAAUUCAUAGUAGGUUGAACUGUGGGGUUUGUAGAAACAUGUUGUAAAAAUGGAUAAAAAGGUCGACGCCUCUGAGGGGACAAUUGACUGGGGAGGAAGAGGAGCAGAAGAGAGGGAGAUUGUGCACAAGAUCCAACCCUGUUUAAAGAACGUACACACCGGGCUUCCUAAUCCAGCCUCAGGUCAUAUGAAAUGCUCCCAGAUAACAGGAGACUAUCAGUACUUUCAUUAUGGCUGUGAUGGCUGUGAUGACAGAGGUUGGGGAUGUGGUUAUCGCACCAUUCAAACUAUGGCAUCCUGGCUUUGCCUUAACUGGAACCAACACAGGCCUGCACCAAGCCUCCCAGAGAUCCAGGAAGCCUUGGUUACAAUGGGGGACAAGCCAGGCUCCUUCUCAGGCUCCAAAGAGUGGAUCGGAACAUUUGAAGCCUCCCUGGUUCUUGAUUAUUUCUAUGACGUCCCCUGUAAGCUGGUGCAUGUGAGAGGUGGAGGGGUUGAGCUGGAGAAAGUUGCAGUGGAGGAGCUCCAUCAGCACUUUGAGAAGCAUGGAUCUCCAGUCAUGAUGGGAGGAGACAGGGACAACUCCUCUAAGGGGAUAUUCGGGGUGUGGACUGGGGACAAGGGGAGCUACCUGCUUGUGGUUGACCCUCACUACUAUGGAUGUCAGCUGGAGAAGGCGGAGCUGCAGAGACGAGGGUGGGUGGCUUGGAAACGAGUAUCAUCUCUGGAUCAGUCUUCGUUUUAUAAUCUGUGUAUGCCUCAGACUGCCAAAAAAGGAAUUUGACAGAUCAAUUUUUGUUUCAGGUCUCUAAAAUUAUUAGAGGGAAUUGUGGGAUUUUGUCAUUUAGAUACAAAAUGUCUUAAUGUCUGUGUUUUACAUUGUCAGAAUGUGUGUUUGAAAAGGAGCUGCAGUGCCAUCCUGUGGCUGAACUCAUUAAAGAACAGAAUCAUUGAAGUUA